UAUCCCUGCAUCUCGUACACACAGUACUAAGAGUCUCAUUCUCUCUCUCUCUAUCUCGUACAAGCACCCCUCAACCAUUUUUCAACUUACUUUCGUUUGCAUCCGUCAGUCUAGCUCAUCAAAUUCUUGCUCAUCCCAUGUAUACAGCUUAUAUCGAUCCCUCCCCCCACCCCAGCUCGCGCGCGCUCACAGUCACAGUCACAGACACACCCACGCUCGCAAGAAACUGAUCGGUUUAAUUAGGAGGAAGCAUGGAAGAAGAAGGAGCAACAACAAGAACACUACUUCUGGAACCAAAGCUCGAGAAUAGUGACGAUCACGGUGGGGUUGUGGUGCUAACAACAAGUGAUCAUGAAUCCUCUUCAACGAUCUCAUUUAUUCUUGUCCUUAGCACCCUAGUUGCCACUUGCGGAUCUUAUACUUUUGGAAAUGGUGUGGGGUAUUCGUCACCAGCUGAGUCCGGAAUAGAGGAUGAGCUUGGGCUUACCACUGCGGAGUAUUCAAUUUUUGGUUCAAUAUUAACACUUGGAGCAAUGUUAGGAGCAAUGUUUAGUGGGAAGAUUGCGGAUUUCAUUGGCAGGAGAAGUGCAAUGGGAGUUUCAGAAAUACUCUGCAUCCUGGGGUGGCUUGCAAUAUUAUUUUCAAAGGAUGCUUGGUGGCUUGACCUUGGAAGAUUUUUAGUUGGAUGUGGGAUUGGGGUUCUUUCCUAUGUGGUUCCUGUUUAUAUUGCAGAAAUUUCGCCUAAGAAUGUUAGAGGAGCAUUUGUAUCACUUUCUCAGCUGAUGAUAGGUUUUGGCCAAGCGCUCACAUUUCUCAUUGGUUCUCUUGUCAAUUGGCGCACCUUGGCUCUAAUAGGAAUUAUCCCAUGUCUACUACAUCUGCUUGGCCUAUUUCUUAUUCCUGAGUCUCCUAGAUGGCUGGUCAAGCAUGGUCGCAUAAAAGACUUUGAAUCUGUGCUGCAAUUCCUCAGAGGAGAAAAUGCUGAUAUUUCUCAAGAAGCAGCUGACAUCAAAGAAUAUACAGAAAAUGUUCGAUUGAUAUCUGAAGACGGAAUUCUAUGCCUAUUCCAGCGGAAAUAUGUUCAUCCAAUAAAAGUUGGAGUCGGGCUUAUGGUAUUCCAACAAUUUGGGGGACUUAAUGGGUUUACAUUUUAUACAAGUGCGAUAUUUGAGUCGGCUGGAUUUUCAAGUAGCCUUGGGACCAUGGCAGCGGCAGUAGUUCAGAUUCCAAUGACAGUAGUGGGAGUACUCCUCGUAGAUAGGUGUGGAAGACGGCCACUCCUAAUGAUAUCCGUGGCCGGAACAUGCUUAGGUUGUUUCCUCACUGGAUUUUCAUUCUUCUUGCAGGAUCUUCAUGGUGGGAAGGAGCUCAUUAUGAUUUUGGUCCUUAUUGGUGUAUUGGUUUUCUUGGGAUCUUUUCAGCUAGGCAUGGCAGGAAUACCAUGGGUUAUUAUGUCAGAGAUAUUUCCAACAAACAUAAUGGUUUCCGCUGGAAGCCUUGUGACUUUUGCCAGCUGGUUUGGUUCUUGGAUUGUUUCUGCCACUUUCAACUUUUCAUUCGAGUGGAGCUCAGCAGGGACAUUCUUCAUAUUCUCAGGCAUAUGUGGUGUGGGAAUUUUGUUUAUUGCUAAGCUGGUGCCAGAGACCAAGGGGCGUGCACUAGAAGAAAUCCAAACUCAUACUCUGCAAUAGGGAAAAAAAAAAAAAAAAAGGUUAUAAAAUGGCAUCAUGAAAUUCGUGUAUCUAAUCUUCAUUAUCACCGGAUAGUGUUAGAGGAGUUAUGUACAAAUAUAUAAAGUGUGAGAGGAGCGGGUUACUUGUUUGACCAAUUUCUUACUAUUUGUAAUUAUUUCAGUACUGUUAUAGUUUGUUUUGUAGGAUCAUUCACUUCUUCUUUUUAAAUCAGGAGUGGGAAGGAUCCUCGCGUAAUAUAUUGAAAUAUGUUGAACUGCA